CGCCUGGCUGGCAAUUGCGGGCUGUCAGCGCAUUCAGUUGGUGUUCCGGUUUCGGGUUGUGCUGUUAGUUGCCUUUUCCUGCACAGAGCUAAGCAGAGCCAAGCGGAGUCUCGCGGUCUCUCGGUCGUGGUGCCUGUGCCCGUUGCCUGUGCAUGUGCCUGAGCUUGUGGACUCUGACUCUGACUGUGACUGUGAGUGUGUGACAGUGUGACAGUGUGCGUGAUUGUGUGAGUGUGUGUGAGUAUGCGUGCUUUUCUAUCCUCUGUACAUGUUCGUGCGUGUGUGUGUGCGUGAGUUUGUUGUCUGUCGCUAACGGUGCGCGCGCGUUUGAGACACUUCGUAGUGUGCGUGCGUGCGCGUGUAUGUGUUGUGUAGGAGUGUGCAGCCUCUGUCUCCACCUCCGCCUCCGCCUUCGCCUCUGCGUAUAGGAGCCACAGCCAGUGUGACCAUAUGCGUGUGCGUGUGUGUGAGAACCAACACAUUAACCCAAAACACACACACACCAACUACAUUACAUGGCAACAUCGUUUAAGCAGCGCACAGCAGGAUGCUCAAAUGGCAGAUAAUAUAGCACACAAUCAGCUCAACCACAAAACAAUGGAUGACAUUUCAAUACAAAAAUACUACAUGAAUCAACUUUACUAAAAUACUUAUUUAAUACUAAGCAAUAUUUUGAGGAUUGAGUGAGAAGCACCAAAGUAUUUAAUAACCCGAAAACCGUGUUUGUGCUAGUGAAAAUUAUCGAAAGAGAACCAAAGAUUAUCAUAAGAAGUGUUUAAGAAUCGCAAAAAAACAAAACUCUUACUGAAGCAAUUGAUAAAGGCUUAAGAUGAAACAAAUUUAUAGGCAGCACGAACGCAACUAAAAUUAUUAAAUUCAACUUUAAACAAUAUAAUUGAAUGAAAAAUGCAAAUUUUGAAAUUUAUUGUAAAUAUUAAAAAAUUAUAAAAAAACACACAUUUACAAAUAACAAAACCAAAAAAAAAAAGAGAUAAAAAGAAUAGAAAUAUUAAUAAAAGGAUGACGAACACAUUUUUCGCUGAAUGAAAAACGUUUUUAAUAAUAAUUGUAAUACAACAUUUUCUAUUAUAUAGAAUAUAAAAAAUAUAAAAAACGGUAAUUAAACUCAAUAAGCAACUGAAACACGCACAAAAUAUAACCAAAUAAAAUGUAAAUCGAAAGAAAAUACAUUUUAAUUUAACAAUUAAAGAAUUGGCUGCAUUUGAUCAUUUGCAUUGCUGCCAUUUGACCUAUUGAAGGAAGGUGUCGCAAUCAUUUCGAUGCAAAUUUAUUCAUUAUUCAAUUACAAGAAGACAGACAACUUUUCAAUCAUUCGAGACAUACAUAUACAUAUUCUAUAAUCGAUAAUCGCAGCUAACUAAACUAAACUAACUACUUAAAAAAAAUUACAAAUUACAAAUACAAAUACAAAUUCAAGUAUUAAUAAUAAUAAUAAUAAUAAAAGUAAUUAUAAUAAUCACUACAAUUGAGCUACAAUUAAUUCAUUCAUUCACCUUCUGCUGUAUGAAUACACAACUAUUUAUACGAUUCAUAAUUAUAUUGCAAAUGUGCAUAACGAAACUGCGACAAAUUUGAUAAAUCAUUUAAUACUAAAUAAGAAACAAUAAAUGGAAUAUUUAUAGUAUUCAACUAGAUCAACUAAAACUUUAUACAUAUACACAACAAAACAACAAAUUGGAAAGUGAAACAUUUGAAUCAAUUUGAAAGUAAAGGCCCGUCUUGCCACAGCAAUAAGAAGCAACAGCAACAAUAGCAAAACGCUACAAUGCACUGCCAUCUAAAACUGCAUUCAAUUGCAAUUGAACAAUACCCACAAAACAAGAAAAAAAUAAAUAAAUAAAAAGCAACUACAACUUAAAUUGCAAAUAUACAUGAAUAAUAUAUAGAAUAUAUAUAAGUGUAUAUACAUACGUAUAUAUUACAAACUAGAGAAAGCAAAUUUUACAAAAAGCUGACCACAAUAUAAGCUGCAAAUCAUCGCAUCUACUAAAUUCUUGCAAAAAAAUAAAGAUUCAGACAACAGUAUAGAAAUAAUAAUAAUAAUAAUCACGAUUUACAAGGCUCUCUCUCAAGCACAUGGACAAGAGAAAUGCAUUCAAACUGAAGCUGAAGCGCAAACUUAAACUAUAAGACACAAGAAUAUAAGAAAACACUCUUUGGGUUGUAAAAGCAAACACAAAGAAACCAAAGUCAGAACAAGAAGGAAGCAUACAAAAAAUAACAAGAAAAAAAAAAGGGAAAACUAAACGAUAAAUUUAAUAAUAUUACAGCUAAAGGCAACAAUAAAACUUAUACUCGCCAUAUUGAACAAUAGGAAAUAAUAUAAAAAACAUAGACAAGCAAAGUAAAAAAAAGUUGAACAUUUUUGUAAAAUUAAGAGCUAUUAAGAAACGUUGUCGGAGCAUCACAAAAACUGUGAAAGGAAGCUAGAAAGAGAGAGAGAGAGAGUGGAAUAGAAAGAGAAGAGACAAUGUAAGCCACAAAGAAAAUUUGAAGAAGAAAAAAGGCAAAAAAAAAAACGGAUAAAAGAAAAUUGGAAGCAGCUGCAGCAGGAAAAGCAAAGUAAAAACAAAUAUACGCAACGUCAUCAGCAAACACCGAAGAGACUAUGAAAAAUGCGCAACUGAAGUUGAGUGAAGUUGAUGAUGAUGAGCUGUGGCUGUGGCAACAACACCAACAACAUCAGCAACAGCAGCAACAACUAUCGUUUAGAUUAGCACACAACAGAAACAAGAGCAAGCAACUUACUCAACAGCAACUAAAGAGCUUAAGUACAAAACACCACAGCAUCGGCAUCAGCAACGGCAACAACAACACAACAUCAGGAGCAACUAGAGGGAGAGCAUCACAGCAUGUAGUCAGCGUGUCGUGCGACAACGGCCAGCAACAUGUUCAACGGGACUCACAGCAACAGCAGCAAACGGAGUUAGACAACAACAUGUUGAACCAGGGCGAAGCCGGCAGCAAUCAAGCAACACAAACAAACAUAAGACUGUGCGUACGCAAGCGACAAAGAUUACGUCGGCGGCGAAAAAGAAAACCAACAACAGCAGCAACAGCAACAGCAACAGCAACAGCAGCAGCAGCAAUAACAUUUAGCAAUAGCAACAGCAAUCAAAGCACCACCACAACAGAAACAGCAACAGCAACAGCAACCGCUACAACAACAGCAGCAUCAACAGCAGCCACAUCAAGAACAACAGCAGCAUCCACAACAUAUUGGUUAGCCCGCAGCAAUGAAAACAGCUUAAACAUAUUUUAUGGCAUUUGGUCUGUUAGUGUUGGCAUUGCGUUGCAUAUGUUGCUGACGGCACUGAGAUUGUGGAAACUGCAGCUGCAGCAGCAACGGCAAGUAGCAACAGUGCUUAGAGUCAUUGCUAAUAGCAUCACCACCGCCAUCAUUUCCUAUGCAAAUGCGAUUGCACUGCAACUACAUUGCUGUAAGCCGAGCAGCAACAGUAACAACAGCAACAGCAGCAGAUACAGCAGCAGCAACAGCAACAACAGCAGCAGCUACAGCAGCAGCACACAAAUAGUCAACGGACUUAAUAAACACUCAUGGAUAUUUUUAUUGAUAUAUUUGAAUUUAUCUGCUAGAGUUUGCUUAGCAGGAUAUCAUGAAAAGAGACUGUUACAUGAUCUUUUGGAUCCUUAUAAUACACUAGAACGUCCGGUUCUCAACGAAUCGGACCCGUUACAAUUAAGCUUUGGGUUAACUUUAAUGCAAAUUAUCGAUGUGGAUGAGAAAAAUCAAUUGCUUGUCACGAAUGUGUGGCUAAAACUGGAGUGGAACGAUAUGAAUCUCCGCUGGAAUACAUCGGACUAUGGCGGUGUCAAGGAUCUGCGCAUUCCCCCGCAUCGCAUCUGGAAGCCCGAUGUCCUCAUGUACAACAGCGCCGACGAGGGAUUCGAUGGCACCUAUCAAACAAAUGUUGUGGUCCGCAACAAUGGGUCGUGUCUCUACGUGCCGCCGGGUAUCUUCAAAUCGACUUGCAAAAUCGACAUCACGUGGUUCCCGUUCGAUGAUCAGCGCUGCGAGAUGAAAUUUGGCAGUUGGACCUAUGAUGGAUUUCAGCUGGAUUUGCAAUUACAAGAUGAAACUGGCGGUGAUAUCAGCAGUUACGUGCUCAACGGCGAGUGGGAACUACUGGGUGUGCCCGGAAAACGCAAUGAGAUUUACUACAACUGCUGCCCGGAACCGUAUAUUGACAUCACAUUUGCCAUUAUCAUACGACGACGCACUCUGUACUAUUUUUUUAAUCUGAUCAUACCCUGUGUGCUGAUUGCAUCGAUGGCUCUGCUCGGCUUCACACUGCCGCCGGAUUCGGGUGAAAAACUAUCGCUUGGCGUCACGAUCUUGCUCUCGCUGACCGUGUUCCUCAAUAUGGUCGCCGAGACAAUGCCGGCAACAUCAGAUGCAGUGCCUCUGCUAGGUACAUAUUUCAAUUGCAUAAUGUUUAUGGUAGCUUCAUCCGUUGUGUCAACGAUUUUAAUAUUAAAUUAUCAUCAUCGAAAUGCUGAUACGCACGAAAUGUCCGAAUGGAUUCGCAUCGUAUUUUUAUGCUGGCUACCAUGGAUAUUGCGCAUGAGUCGACCGGGACGACCGCUGAUAUUGGAAUUCCCGACAACGCCAUGCUCGGAUACAUCAUCCGAGCGCAAGCAUCAGAUACUGUCCGAUGUUGAGCUGAAAGAGCGGUCCUCGAAGUCGCUGCUGGCCAAUGUGCUCGACAUUGAUGAUGAUUUUCGGCACAAUUGUCGCCCCAUGACGCCCGGCGGAACACUGCCACACAAUCCGGCUUUCUAUCGCACGGUUUAUGGGCAAGGCGACGAUGGCAGCAUUGGGCCAAUUGGCAGCACUCGAAUGCCCGAUGCGGUCACACAUCACACGUGCAUCAAAUCAUCAACAGAAUAUGAAUUAGGUUUAAUCUUAAAGGAAAUUCGCUUUAUUACUGAUCAGCUACGUAAAGAUGACGAGGACAAUGACAUUGCCAAUGAUUGGAAAUUUGCAGCUAUGGUCGUUGACAGACUGUGCCUUAUCAUAUUCACAAUGUUCACAAUAUUAGCCACAAUAGCUGUACUACUAUCAGCACCACAUAUUAUUGUCUCGUAGCCAUAUGGGCGAGGUGGUUAUUGUUAUUGGUUUUAUUAUAAAAUCAAUUUGUUAAUUAUUAAAUUAAUAACGAAACUUUUUAAGUAAAUUUAAAAACGUUCAACAACAAAAAUCAACAAAAAAAGAGAAAAACACUUAAAUAAAAACCAUUGACUAAAUAAUACCAAAAAGAAAAACCCAAAAAAAAAAUCUAUAAAACACAAUAAUUUAAACAUAAAACGAAAAUUCAUUUAAACAAGUCUUUAAUAUAAAAUUAAAACAAAAAAAACAGAGACUUAAAAACAAUAUAAAGUUGUUUACACCUUUUUAAUUAAAAAAAAACUCUAAAACUAUUAAAAAAAAAUCAACUUAAUCCUUUUGAAACCCCUAGAUACCUACGACUUUCCAAACUGUUACUCCCAAGUCAGUAAUUAAGUUUCUUCCAAAAUUAACAAAAAAAAAAAAACAAAGAAUGAAACGGGUAUAUUUUCUUUAUAGAUUUGUAUAUUUUACAAUUUAAGAGCAAUUUUUCUCGAAAUAGACAACAAUUUCCAACAAUUUUUUAGUAAACUUUUAAGAAAUUGCAGUAUAACUCGUAUAUAAAACCAAAAAAAAAAAACGCAAAAAACAAAAAAAAAAACAUUUCGAAGACUUCAUUGUAUACGCUCAAUUUCGUUUUGGUUGAUAUUGAGCUUUAUAAAGGGAAAUACAUAGUAGAAAUUAAAUGGAUCCAAAGUGUUAGGCGAAACCCAACGUUUUUUAUUCUGGCUCUCUAGCAGGAUUAUUAGAAUUACUGAAUCCUCUGAUACUCUUCUCGAUCAUUAUUCAAGUCACUUAGUAUGUGUAGUUUUCCAGAUUUUGUCAUAAGAUCAUCGAAUCCAUUGCUUCCAAAAACAGUCUUGAAAGGAAUUGGACUAAACACAUAAGAUAAAAGUUCCAUCUGCAUUUCUAAACAGAACCAAUAUUGACGAUCUACAUAUCCAAUGAAUUGUACGUAAUAUUCCUUGAAUCCGCUCUUUUUAUUUUUAGUUCAACUCUAAACAAAUCCGUAAACAAAUACCUAUCCCCAAAACUUAAAGCAUAUACAAAACCAAUAGAAUAACCCAUCCAACAAAUUGAAAUGCAAAAUCCAAUUGGAAUUUCAAAAUUAAUAAAAUAUCAAAAAAAAAAAAAUUAAUAACUAAAGUGAAAUCAGAAAUGUUCUAGAAUGCGCUUUCGAAUCGAUUAUAUUACUUUGCAUAUUUCUUUUAAGAAGUAUGGAAUAUUCUUGAAUAUUGAUUUGGAAUUGGCAUUCAGAACUUGUCCGUAUAUCACGUCGGAAAAAAAGAAUGUAAAAUGAAAUCACUCAAAUCUGUAGGUCUUACCUCAGAUAUAGUAAAAGAAACCAAGCCCAAGGCGCGCACAACAAGUGAAAUGCAAAUAACUGAAUUUCAUCUGAUUGUGAAUGAUCGAAACCGAAAUCGAAAAUACAAAUUGAGAAAAAUUGAAUGGUUGCGAGCAAUAAUAUCUGCGUGUUGAUGAAUUGCAUGAUUUUUUGGUGAUGCAAACAAUGAUCGAUCGAUCCAUUGCAUAGAUACGAUCAUACAGAUAUCUAAGCAAAAGUUCGCUUCUUCAUUGCAUUGAGAACAGCGAAAUGUAUCUGUAACUGUAACUUACAACUUUCGGUAUUCCACAUUAUUUUUGAUUUAAUUCUCAGAUUUGAUUUCAAUUUUCAUUUCACUAAACAAACUAUCUAUAAAUAAUUUUUAAUUAUCUUUAACAAAAAUGAAUACUGAAACUUGAUACAAACACCAAAAUGCAUACAACAUGAUUCAACACAUCCCAAGGAUGAAUAUACUCACAAGAUACCAAAAAUAUACAAAAAAUAUACCAAUAACAAUGAACAUCAAUUGAACACAAAACAUGUCCGGUGCAUGGAAAAUUGUGUGCUUUGCUUUAGUAUUGAGAGCAAAACCUAAAUACUUACAUAUAACAAAAAAAAAACACAAAACACUUAUUAAAAAGAGAGAGCUUUAUACGUAUAGAGAAGAUCACUAAAAAAAGACAAACAAACACAAAAAAAAACAAAAUGAAAAUCGAAUAUCAAGAUUCAUAUGGAAAUGAAUCUUACUCGCGAAUAUACUCAAUUAUUAGAUGAUCUUUCUUCCACGUGGAAUCCAUAGAUCAAUAAUCAUACAGUACGAGCAUUUUAUUGUCCGCAAACUAGCCAAGCACACAAUUUCUGUUCAUGCGGGUCUGUUUCGAAUUCCCUUUCAUCGUCAAUUCCACAUAAAUGUGAAAUGCAUACUUUUAGGCGAAACUUCAAGUUCAUUUCUUAUUUUCAUACACAUGCAAGAAAGUAUGUUUUGCACGAUAUUGUGAAAUCAAUACGAAAGUCGAAUUCGAAAUUCAGGUCUGAUUAACCAAAAUACACAUAGCAAAAACAGAAAUCUUAAAAAUUACGAUCGCAUCUGAGUCAUUUGAGCAACUGCAAUGAAGAUAGUUUUUAUAGAACAUUCUUGAUUCUAAUCUUGACCGUGAUCUUGCAGUUCUCAUGAGAUUCGCACAUGCCUCUAAACAAAAACUAAACUAAACUAAACUAUUUUCACAAAAUAGCAUUAUUUUUAUAAUUUUUAAGUUACAGCAAUUCUGCUUCUAAUUGUAAAUCUUGUGCAUUGAAAACAAUCAGAAUUUUUCUUUGAAUAUAAUAACAAAACAAAUACCACAACAGCAACAACAACAACAACAAACGAAAAGAAACACAGAAAAAUACAAAUAUAUGAAUUAAAUAAUAAUACGAUUACCAAACCAUAAGAAAUGUCAUACAAUUAAACUAAGCUAAACUUACAAUUACAAUUACAAAUUACACACAUAGAUAUCUCGUUAUUAAGAUUCUAUCCAAGAGCCCAAGGUAAUAGCAUGAAAAAAAAACCAUAUUAGCAAUAAUUUUUACAAAAUGAAAUUAAGCAUAAAUGAAUGAAUAAGAUAAAACACAAUACAAAAUAAGGAUAACCCUUUGUAUAUUGUGAGUGCACAGAAACCGAGCAAUGGGAUCGAAAGUAUCGCAAACCCUAUUGAUUUUUAAUGAUUUUUAUUUUGUAUUUUAUUUACCACUGGAGACUCUUUAUAAACAUUUUUAUUGUACAAAUUUUAUACAAUUUACAAGCAAGUGCAAUUUUGAGACUAUACAAAAUUUUGUUGAGUUACUUUUUCAUUUUGGGUUUCUUUUACAAUACGAGUACACUUUAAUUUUUGAAUCAAUUUUGAAAUCGUAGUGUUUUUUAAGAAUGUCGAAAUUUGUGGGACAGUUAAAUAAAGUUUAAGGAUUAGCUUUUGAUAAUGAACAAAAAAACAAACCGAGCAACUACAAAAUUUGAACUCUUCGCAAAAUGUUAUUAAUAAAACUAAUGAAAGGUGAAAACAUAUUUGAUUAUUUUGCUAUAAUUUCUUUCCAUAUUUGAUAAUCUAAUGUAUAUAUACAUAUAUAAUUUUGGUCAUUCUAUAUUUCGAUCCUAAUACGAUAAGGGAAAAUUACAAUAAACAUAAUAGAAAUGAAAAUAGCAAACAAGCUGCCAGCAUUGAAAAAUAAUAACAAUAAUUAAUUUUAAUAUUUUUUAUAAAUAAAUAAUAAAUUUUAAUUUUUUAUACAAUUUUUUUGUUCUUUAUUUUGCGCUCAUUUAUCUGCAAAAACAAAAAAAUAUAAACAAAAACAAAAAAACAAAGGAUUCAACAACUGAUAACAGUUAAAUUGAAAAUACUUAGUACAGCAACAAAGUAAGGCUUAGCAUUCGAUAAUGGGAUUACAUUCAGAUCUUAUCAAUUGAAAUACCGAUUGAACUUAUUCAUAAGCAAUUUUUAAAGAAAAGUCAGCAAGAAACGCAGCAAAUAGAUUUAAAGUAAUAGCAAAUAAUGUGGAUCAGCUCUAUGGAAAGAUGAAAACCAAAUAACUGCACCCGAAGUGAUCGAUAACUGAUCGAAACAGUUAAAGAGAUUAAUACUACGUAUAAGGAGCAUAAAUAAAUACAAAAACACAUUUCUAGAGUAUAAAGAAAACAGUUUGGAAAACGUUUCUUUCAUUAUGCAUACAAAGACACACACACACAAAUGCAUACAUACAGACACAAUCGCAUACACACACAUAUAUACAUAUACAUACAUAUAAAUAUAUAUGGUAUAUAUUUCUUUUUACACUGGAAACAAAUAUAUAUAAUAUAUAUACUAUAUAUAUAUAUAUACAUAUAUAUUUACUUAGUGUACUGUGUAAUAAUACAACAAAAUAUUUAAAAGCAAAUGAUGAAACUUUUUCCUAAAAACUAGUUGCAUUUAAAAGAAUUUUAAAAAAUAUACAUAAAAGUAUAUAUUUAUUAAAUGAAAAACAAAACAAAAUUAAAAGAAAAACCAUGCUCCUUUCUCUACUAAAAAAAAAAAAAAAAAAAAAAAAUGAAAAACAUAAAACCAACUUUAAUAUAA